AUUCAUUUCAUCAUCCAAAGAUCAUACCACUCUGUGAUCGACUACAUCGGACAUAUGCUCCUUCUUCUUCUAUCAAUUAGUUGGCCUGAAUUGGACGAGGAAGUGCUAACAGCUAGCUGGGACCGAGCAGCCGUCAACAGUCAAAAUAGCUGCUUUUAUCCGGCGGUUUUCGCAGCAGACAGCGCGGCACUUUUGUAAAAGUACUUCUUUUAUACACAUUAAUGCUCAUGGAGGAGUCCGGGCUGCUGUCAUGUUGACCAGGCCGUUGAAUGUGGAGGCUUUUCCUUCCUGCAGGCGGAUGAUGUCGGCUAGUUUCGCCUGAGCUUCCCUCUCUCUGCUGCUGCUGCUGCUGCUUCUCUAGUUGGCUGUUGUUGAAAACGUAGGUCGGGGAAUGAUGAUGCACAGUGCAGCAGCAUCCCAGGACCCCUCGCAGGGUACAGGGGAACGGGGGGAGCUGGUACACUCGUUAUCCAAAGAGACUCCUGGGUCCCCAGACGCCUCUGAGUUGGGGAGCCCGCGGUCUACCCCCAACUUUGACCUACUCAACAUGGUUGUGUCCUAUAAGAGAAUGGCACUGUUCCUAGAACCAGUUGCAGAUGUGGUGGAGCUGGCACGCUUCCUGCUCGGAUGGAAGAUGCCCGUGUGCUCUCUGCUUGUCUGUAUAUUCCUCAAUGUCUUCUUCUGCACUGUUAAUGAAGUGGGUUGGUUCUCAGUGGGUGUGGUGGCAGUGACAGUGCCUGCUGCCCUGGGUUACCUGCAGGACAGGUGCGUGGGCAGAUCCUCGGAAGCGGAGCUCCAGAAGAGGCGCUAUCAUGCUGUACAUCGCAGAGACCUGCAGACAGUGCACCUCACUAAACAGGAGGCUAUGCUGGAAGUCAAAGACCUGUUGAAGCACCUGGAUGACAUGCUGUCCUCUGCCUGUCAGUCAGCUGAAACUCUUUACAAGGUCCUGUACUGGGACAAUCACACCAAGUCAUCAAGGUUCUAUGGAGGCAUUUUAAUAGUGUUGAGUCUGCUCUAUGUCGCUCCUGUGGGCUGGGUGCUUGCCGGGCUCAACAGCGCCAUCUUCCUGUGGAACAGAGACUUCUGCAGAGUUUUGUUGGACCUUAGGAAGCUGUUCCAUGUGGGCCAGGUCCAGGCCUCAGAGGUGACAUGUGAAGAACAUGAACAGGGCAACAUAUUGGACAGAACCCCCACACCAACUAGUCUGGAGGAUCUGUCUCCCGGCAGUGUGGAGGAAGCUGAGGAGGCAGAGCCUGAUGAUGAAUUUAAGGAUGCUAUUGAGGAAAAUGCAAUUUCCCUGCAGGAGGAUGAUGAUGGGCCGCUUGGAGCUCCUGAGUAUGACACCAUCUCUGAAAAUGGUCUCCUCAGUCGCAACGAACCAAUACGCAGCAAAGUGUCCAAGCUGACAGAGAAACUGCGUAAACGCUACCCCACCACCAGCACAGGCAACUGUUCUAGCUGCAAUGCCGUCUUCUCAGUGCUGAAGAAAAGGAGGAACUGCAGUAACUGUGGCAACAGCUUUUGUUCCCGAUGCUGCUCUUUCAAAGUGCUGAGAUCUUGCAUGGGAGCAACAGCUCCAGAGGCCCAGAGAGAGACUGUGUUUGUUUGUGCUGCCUGUAAUUCCUCUCUCAUCAAGUUACAAUGAGAUGGCAUGUCAGUCUUGUCUCUCUUGGGAGGUCAUCCACCGUUUGCACCUGAGCCCUUCAACAAGUUACUGAAACCCUAACACAAGCCUUGGUUUUCAACUUUGAGCACUCAUAUCUGUUCAGAUACCUCCCAUAUUGAACACCAAGAACCUUUCUGCCUUUUCCAGUUGCAUCCCUCCUUAGCUAUUCGUGUUGCCUAUAGGACUUCUACUGUAAUAUGUUAGAUAUUUCCUGUUUCAGUUCUCAAUGAAAAACUGGACCUUAUGGAUCAAUGAGACUUACUACAGAGCACAAUGGCUCUAAAAUUAAAGGACCUUAUUUUUGCCCUUUGCUGAGCAGAAGGAAGUGCAAAGCAUGCAGGGUGGAGGCCAGGAUUGGGCUGGCGCUGUUGAGUGUAACAGAUAAGCUUACAGGAUGUCAGUGGUUUUGCUUUUACGUGCUUCGGCUUGCCACAAAGUUGAUCAGACUUGAAUGCUGAUAUCUUAAAAUGCAGCCCUGUGUAGCAGUUCAACUGUGGGGACUUUUCUGUAUGAUCAAGAAUUGUAUAAAUUUAGCAUAUUUUUAGAUUGGUGAUGAAUUUGACGUGAGGAUGGCUGUGUACUCCAAACUAUUUUGAAUUCUCUGUGUUCUGAUGAACAAAAUCAUGGAUGUACGACCAAAAGAAGCUUUGUAUUUGGCUUUGAUUGCCACAAUGUGCGCAGGCUGGCCAGCCAAACUUUUUUUUCACAUACUCAACCCCCCAAUCCACUUGCAGCUGGUCACCAAUGUCAGCUGAUUAAUUCUGAGUUUGUCCAAGUCUUCAAGGCCAGUGGUUUUGGUUUACUUCUUGUGUUACUAGUUGUCUGCACCCGUUGCAACCUAUGUGCUCCUCCUGUUGGCAUGCACAUUAUUUGAGAGACCUCAAGGCUGUAAGUAUGCUGGUAUUUGCCCACAGAGCCAUCUUCAAGAGCAUGUUGUGCAAACUCUAAAUUUGAUUUCAAGUGCGGUUCUGCCAGUGAAAUACAGGAAUACUCACUGUGACUCGUGAGUGAGGUUUACUUAUUUCCCACCAGCUAGAGGAGCUUAGGCACAAAGGGAGCAGACAUUACAUGCUGUGAGACUAUGAUAACUCUAUGGCAGUAAACUGAAAAUGCAUGGCCUGCAAUGAAUCACAUUAUGUCUGACAUGUUGCCAGUGAUGGUGUACUGGAGUAAAAAUAUGGACAAAGCUUCUCGUAAUGAUCAAAUUGGUGCUUCAUUUUGGUCGUCAUUUUUCGUAUGUGGACAUGUGAAAUGAGCUUUUUGGAGUAUAACAGCAGCCUAAAAGUCUCCUCGAGCUACAGGUCCUUGGAACCCAUGUUUUACCUCUAACUGGAUCAAAGUCAGCCCAACUGGAGUUAAGUCAUUUGAAUGGGCUGCACAACCAACUUAAACUGUCAGCAGAGCCUCACACUCUUGCAAGCAGGACUUAAAAGAAUUGGUGUGGUGGCAUUGUAACCCAAGAAGUGGAUCCUAGAUGCAACGUUGUUUUAAUCAUGAUUCAGACACAGAUGAUUGUAAUUGUAUGCUUUGCUUUUAUUGUAAUCAUAUAUAAACUGUUACUGUAAAUUGUUCUAUAUCUAAUAUAUUUAAUUUAAAACUCCAAAAGUCCAAGUAAUUAUUUGACCUAAUGAUUCAUUCUGUAUAUAAUGGCCCUUAUUUUAUGGUUGAAAUAUGCCAAUAUUGAAAUAAACUCUGUGAUGAUUUGAUUAACUCAAA